AUGAUAGAGAUUGCUGCGAGCGCUGGCGUUCCAUUCACGCCUGAUCCAGAUGUCAUGAGAGAUGAUGAGGUGGCUCAGGUAGAAAAGAUGCUCAUUGACUUCAAGCAAGCUGGUAUUACUACUAAUGUCACCGACGCAACACAACCAGUCAUACUUUCAGUUCCUCCAUCAGGAGGCAUUCCACCUGCUGCUCCUCCAAGGUGUGAAGUAUGGAUGGAAUAUUAUGGAUGGACUGGAAAAAGCCUUACGUAUCCUACAUUGAGUCAACGGGAUCACCUUAUUAUUGCUAUUCGAGAAAAUUUACUACUGCAAAAGAAAUCGGAUUGCCUUCGUCGUGAUGUUGAAGAACUGAAAAGGCAACAACUUCUGAAGGCAUUUGGAACGAAGAUUCGCACCAUUCUGAAGUCUGCCAUCUGCCAUUCCGACGUCGCGGUACUGAUGUGUUUGAUCUUAAUGUUUUGCGUGGUUACCACUUCCGCGCAGUAUCUGCCCACUGCAGAGAAGAAAGUAGUUCGAAAGAUACACAGAAGAAGAUUGGAUAGAACGUGUUAA